UUUAAUAAAAGGCAGAACUUGUUGACCGGAAAAAUUAGAACAUAACAAUCAAUAAUAAUUUCAAUUGUACCUUUUGCCUUUAUAAGUUUUUGAUCGAUAGCAAUACAAUGGUUUUGAAAAGACUGUAAAUAUAAGUAAAUUUCAUGAUUGAUUAACUUUUCUCGCAGCAAUGAUGAACCUAGGUGCGGUCAGUAAUUAAUUUCUUUACCUUUUACAACCUUUGUGGUGUUUAAAAUGGAAACUUCAAAAGAUAGUUUUGCUUGACGUACUUUCAUUUCAGUUACUCGCAGUAGUCAAAUCAAAUCACAAUUUUUCCAGAUGAAAAGUGCAUUAAGCUACAACUUAAGCGCUUGCAAAAUGGAAGUAGUUGAAUCCUUCAUAUUCAAAGGUUUUCUGGUUCCACACGAAGUAAUUUUAUCGCCCUAUUUUCGUUAAUUCAUUGGCAUUAGCCUUACAAUAUUUGGACUGCUCAGAUGCAUUAUUCAGUUAUUUGAAGAUUUACAUUUUCUUAAUUUUCAGUCUAUAGCAGGCAUAUUUAACGGUGUGCGCUUGAUCGUCGAUAACUUAAUUCCAAUUAGCCACAUUCUAGUCGCCGUUUUUACCUUGGAUCGGUCAUCAUUUAAAGAUUAUAUUGACCGAAUGAGUACUUUACAGCUUGAAAAUCAUGAGAAAAUGGUUUCUCAGAUUAGAAGUGAAAGACGAACCAAAGUUUUAUUUUGCUUGUCUUCGGCAAUAAUUUAUUUAUUUUUAAUUUUUUCAACGUUGUUCUCUGAAGAAGCCACAAUCUUUCCGUUAUUCUUGAAUUUGUUUGAUUCACUCACAAAAAUGUCCGACAUUUUCUUCUUUAAUAUUAUUUCUGAUGUUUUUAUUUGCUUGAAAGCUGCUUUUCAACUUGUCACUUCUCAACUUAAGGAUUUCCCAAGAUCCACUCCAGACUCUACAAAGUUGAACAGAUUGAGAUAUUGCCGUUUAUUGCACAGUCAUAAAGAUCGAGUGACUCGACAUGCAGAAAAGUUUCUCUGCAUUUAUAUUUCUUGGUAUUAUUUUCAGUACGUUAUGUAUAAUAUGUUGAAUUUUGUUGAAGUUCUUGGAGAUACAUAUCGCUAUAAUUGGCGCUCAGCCAGUUUCUUCAUCGUGGAUACGAUCAAUUUGAGCUACUUGACGAUAAAACUUGUGGCUGUAAGUGAAUUGUCCGCCAAUGGUUUAGAAGAUUUAUACGAAAUUUCAUAUGAUGUAAACUCGAUUAAACUGCAAUUCCAGACACACAUAUUUUUCAAUCGAAUGCAAUUGAAUAAUGUUGGCUUCACUUUCGCUAAACUUUUUUUCAUCAACACCAAUUUCAUAGCCUCACUUUUGACACUAUCGCUAACUAUUGUUUUGGCUUUGGCAAAUUUUCUCUACCGUUGAAAACAUCUCAUAAAAAUCGCACAAAAUAGCAACACGAAUUCACUUGGCAAAAUGAAUCAAUCACAAUUUAUUUGAAGUGUCUGAACAUAUAUUCGCAUUAAUCGAC